AUGCCACGGCUCGCAGCAAUCUUGGUCGUCUUGCUCCCGCUGCUGCUGCUUUCCGCGGCCGGCGCCGCGGCGCUCCCCCGCGGCCGGUUCGGCUUCGAGGCCACGCUGCGGCACGUCGACGCGGACGCCGAGUACACCAAGGCGGAGCUGCUGGCCCGGGCCGUGGCCCGCAGCCGGGCCCGCGCCGCCACGCUGCAGUCGCUGGCGGCGCUGGCGCCGGGGGACGCGGUCACCGCGGCGCGCAUCCUGGUGCGCGCCAGCGACGGCGAGUACCUGAUGGACAUGGGCAUCGGCACGCCGCCGCGGUACUACUCGGCGAUCCUCGACACCGGCAGCGACCUCAUCUGGACGCAGUGCGCGCCGUGCCUGCUGUGCGUGGACCAGCCCACGCCCUACUUCGACCCGGCGCAGUCGCCCACGUACAGGGCGAUCGGCUGCUCGUCCCCAGCCUGCAACGCCCUCUACUAUCCCUUCUGCUUCCAGAACGUGUGCGUCUACCAGUACUUCUACGGCGACAGCGCCAGCACCGCCGGCGUCCUCGCCAACGAGACGUUCACGUUCGGCACCAACACCUCGCGUGUCACCGUGCCGAGCAUCUCAUUCGGGUGCGGCAACCUCAACGCCGGCUCGCUCGCCAACGGCUCCGGCAUGGUCGGCUUCGGCCGGGGGUCGCUGUCGCUGGUGAGCCAGCUCGGCUCCCCCAGGUUCUCCUACUGCCUCACCUCCUUCCUGUCCAAGGUGCCCAGCCGGCUCUACUUCGGCGCCUACGCCACGCUCAACAGCACCAACGCGAGCACCACCGGGCCGGUGCAGUCCACGCCCUUCGUCGUCAACCCAGCGCUCCCGACGAUGUACUUUCUCAACAUGACCGGCAUCAGCGUCGGCGGCGAGCUGCUGCCCAUCGACCCGGCGGUGUUCGCCAUCAACGACACGGACGGCACGGGCGGGACCAUCAUCGACUCCGGCACGACGAUCACGUACCUAGCGGAGCCGGCGUACGGCGCCCUCCGCGCGGCGUUCGUGUCGCAGAUCAAGCUGCCCCUGCUGAACGUGUCGGACACGUCGGUGCUGGACACGUGCUUCAAGUGGCCGCCGCCGCCGCGCCAGUCCCUGACGCUGCCGCAGCUGGUGCUCCACUUCGACGGGGCGGACAUGGAGCUCCCGCUGCAGAACUACAUGCUGGUGGAACCCAUCUCAGGGGGCCUGUGCCUCGCCAUGGCGACGUCCGACGACGGCUCCAUCAUCGGCAACUUCCAGCACCAGAACUUCCACGUGCUCUACGACCUCGAGAACAGCCUCCUGUCCUUCGUCCCGGCGCCGUGCAAUCUAAUCUAGCUAGCCGUAACUCUGGUUUUCGUGCACUUCUAUUUCGUUCCCAUUUCUAUUUAUGCAUAGAUGCGCCUUAGGUUUGGUAUGUUGCUCGGCAGGGAUUCUGACUGUAGGUCGGUGAUCUGUUCAGUGGAGAUUCUUCUCAACAACAUCUGAGGAUUAAUAAGCAACUCUUCCUCUCUGUUUUUAGAUGUGUGCUAGACCCCAUUUUGAUCCUGUUAGCUUAUUAUAAGCUGCAAUAACCUGGGAUCCCAGCUUAUAGCGUUUUAUAAGCUGGGUGGUUGGAUCAUCUAAA